CGAAGGAUGCAGCACAGGCAGCUGCAGCAUCUCUAGCGAGGACGCACAACUUAAGCUUCAAUUUUGCCAUCUUUCAGUGUAGCUUAUUCUGUGCUUUCCACAGCCCCGAGGGAAACGUACCCGAGCAAGACGUUGUGUUCCCUCUUUCGCUUGUUUGUAGUACUCCCUUCCUUAACAAGGACAACACAAAUAUUUUCUUUCAGAACGAGCUGAACUCUGCUGCCUAUUGAUCUGCAUGUGGGCUUUCUUUAUUUUCUAUUUAGUUACCUCCUUACCGGAUUGCUGCACGUCUGGACCAAACACUUUAUCCUCGUCGAUUUUGUUUUUGCUUUAAGGAGUGUGUGUCUCACGCUGCUUUGAUUAGCACUUCUCAGGUAAUUCCUCAGACGACAGGAGCUUGUGCUGCUCCCACUGUUGAGCUGACAACUCUUGGAUACUGUUGUUUGGUGACAGUGCAUACAGCAUGAAGAUGAUGGCAGGAGGCUCGGUGCAUCAGAAUGGGAUUUUCGCCAAUUCGCAUCAUCAUUCCCAGCAACAACAGCAGCCUCAUAUGGAAUCUGAUCCUCCAGAUUCUAGGAAGAGACCACUGGAAACCCCGACAGAGGCAAGCAGCACGAAAAGGAGCAAUACUGGAGAAGAGGGUGAAUACUUCCUAAAAGUACUGAUUCCAAGUUAUGCAGCCGGAUCUAUUAUCGGCAAAGGUGGGCAGACCAUCGUUCAGCUACAAAAAGAAACUGGUGCCACCAUUAAGCUAUCCAAGUCUAAAGACUUUUACCCAGGUACAACAGAGAGAGUUUGUCUGGUACAGGGAACAGUAGAAGCACUGAAUGCUGUUCACAACUUUAUUGCUGAAAAGGUGCGAGAAAUGCCUCAGAGUACAGCCAAGCCUGAGCCUGUCAGCAUUUUACAGCCACAGACUACAGUAAACCCAGACCGUGCCAAACAGGCAAAGCUGAUCGUCCCUAAUAGCACAGCAGGGCUAAUUAUUGGUAAAGGAGGAGCCACAGUGAAGGCUAUCAUGGAACAGUCCGGAGCAUGGGUCCAGCUAUCCCAAAAACCAGAGGGAAUCAACCUUCAGGAGCGUGUAGUUACCAUUAGUGGUGAGCCCGAACAAAACCACAAGGCUGUGGACAUCAUAGUCCAAAAGAUCCAGGAAGAUCCCCAGAGUAGCAGUUGUCUGAACAUCAGCUAUGCAAAUAUUACUGGUCCUGUUGCCAAUUCCAACCCAACAGGGUCUCCCUAUGCCAACUCUGCUGAGGUUCUACCUACAGCUGCCAGCACUUCUGGUCUCCUUGGACAUGCCAAUUUGGCUGGAGUUGGAGCAUUCCCUGCUGCCCUGUCAGGGUUUUCAGGAAGUGACCUCCUGGCUAUCAGCACAGCACUUAAUACUUUGGCAAGUUAUGGAUACAACACAAAUUCGCUUGGCUUAGGGAUGAACCCAGCAGCGGCAUCAGGAGUCCUAGCUGCUGUGGCAGCCAGUGCCAAUCCUGCUGCAGCUGCAGCAGCUAAUCUUUUAGCAUCAUAUGCAAGUGAUGCUUCAACAAGCGCCACAACACCUGCUGGUGCAAUGGGUGCUUUCACCCUCGGAUCAUUAGCUGCUGCAGGUGCUGCUAAUGGCUACCUUGGGGCUGCAUCACCACUUGUGGCUAGCUCUCUGUUGGCCACAGAGAAACUGGCAGAAAGUGCUAAGGAUGUAGUGGAGAUUGCCGUGCCAGAAAACCUUGUAGGUGCUAUUUUGGGUAAAGGAGGGAAGACCCUGGUGGAAUAUCAGGAGUUAACUGGAGCCAGAAUUCAGAUCUCAAAGAAGGGGGAAUUCAUCCCAGGAACGAGGAACCGUAAGGUCACUAUAACAGGCACACCUGCUGCUACACAAGCAGCACAAUACCUCAUCAGCCAGCGAAUCACAUAUGAGCAGGGAGUCCGUGCCACAAACCCUCAGAAGGUGGGCUAAAACCACCUCCUUAAACAGAUGAUCCAAGGAGGGUAAAGUACUUGUUUGAAAAUACAUGUUUCAAAAAAAAAAAAAAAAAAAAAAAGAAAGAAAGAAAAAAUGAAAGGGAAAAAAAAGAAAUCCUCACCUAAUAUAUACUUGCCAAUGAACCUGUUAAUGAUAUGUGUAAUAUGUAAAUAUUGCAUUUUAUUAAGUUGAAUAGAAAAUUAUUUUCUCUUCUUUGUUUUUAUUUCUUAGUAUUGUUUUGUGUCUUUGUGGUACAGCCUGUGGAUUGGGUUGUGAUGUGGCAAGAGCAAGCUGUUCUGAAACCAGUAAUUGUUCAUGUUUUCUGCUGUAAAUGCAGCUUGUCUUGACCUAGAGGGUGGGUAUCUGUGGGCACUUUUAACUCUUAUAAUUCUC